AUGAGUGGAUUGUUACGAGGUAAACCAAAUGAACCUAUCGCCCAGCAAACCAAGUUGGGAUGGAUAUUGUCUGGAAACGUAUCUUCUACGUUCAAUUGUCAUGUUGUAACUAAUAACGUUGAAGAUAUGUCCAGAUUUUGGGAGAUAGAGGAAGUGACAGAUAACGUAAGUGGGUUGACAGAACGAGAACAGUGGUGUGAGGACUUUUAUGUAUCCACCACAAGGAGAUUACAGAACGGGCAGUACGAAGUACGGCUGCCUAUGACAGAUAAGUUUGACGAACGUCUUGGUGCUUCCAAACCAAAAGCCAUGGCACAGUUCAGGCAAUUGGAGUCCAGACUGUUAAAAAAUGAACAUUUGAAUGACAAUUAUAAACUGUUUAUGCAGGAAUAUGUGUCUUUGGGGCACAUGAAACAAUGCAUAAAUAAAACAGAGCCAAGUUGUUUUUUACCACAUCAUGACAUUCAUAAACAAGAAUCCACAACGACAAAGUUACGUGUGGUAUUCAAUGCGUCAGCUAAAACUCAAUCAGGAUACAGUUUAAAUGACCUGAUGGAGUGCGGACCUAAAUUACAUAAUGACAUUCAGAGCCUGCUUUUAAACUGGAGAACAUUCAGAUUCGUUUAUUCAGCAGACUGUGAAAAGAUGUACCGCAUGAUACUGGUCCAUGAAAGUGAUCAACAUCUUCAAAAGAUCGUAUGGAGAGAUCACCCACAGGAUCCCAUUAAAGAGUAUCAGCUAUGUACUUUGACAUAUGGGACUAAGUCAGCCCCAUUCUUAGCAUUACGAACUAUGAAACAGCUUGCAAAUGACGAAGCCGAGAGGUACCCGUUAGCAUCACAAGUUUUAUUAAACAACGUGUAUGUCGACGAUCUUUUGGCAGGUCAUAACCAACUUGACAUAGCAAAGCAAACACAGUUGCAAUUGAUUGACAUGUUACAAAGUGCUGGAAUCAACUUACGAAAGUGGUCCAGCAACUCAUCAGAGCUACUAGAGCACCUAUCUGAUGAACAACUAAACCCAAGUGUGGUAAACUUUAAACAUGCAGAGUCUACAACAACAUUAGGGCUUAGAUGGGAACCGACUACGGACUCGUUUAAGUUCCGAAGUAAACUUGAUCAUGACAUUGACAUGAAUGUGACAAAGUACACAAAACGCAUGAUGUUAUCCGAUAUCUCCAAACUAUUUGACCCUUUGGGAUGGUUGUCGCCAAUCACUAUCAAGGCGAAAUUACUGUUUCAAGGUGCAUGGUCGUCGGGGAUUGGUUGGGAUGACGUCAUAGCGGAUGACAUACAAAUCGAGUGGGGAAAAUUGAGAGAUGACUUAAAAAACAUUGACAAGUUCGAAAUACCUAGAUGGAUUGGAAAUACGGAAAGGCCUAUUCAAUUACAUGGGUUUUCGGACGCAUCAGAAAAGGCUUUAGCAUGUUCAGUAUAUGUUAAGUCUAUAGAUGACAAUGGUCAAGUGAUCAUUAGGUUACUUGCCGCCAAAACAAAACUUGCACCAAUCAAAAAGCCAGUCAGCUUACCACGUCUAGAACUCUGUGCAUCCGUAUUGUUGACAAAAUUAGUACAGAAAAUUAUGACAUCAAUACCUACAAAUAUUCAAUUACAAAUAUACGGAUACACAGACAGCAUGGUGGUUAUUGGGUGGUUGCAAGGUGACAUUACGCGUUGGAAGAUGUUUGUUGCCAAUCGUGUAAAGCAAAUAACUGACGUCAUGCCAGCAUCUUGCUGGAGACACACAAAGUCCGAGGAUAAUGCGGCGGACUGUGCCACGAGGGGAAUAGCACCUUCCCAGCUUACCAAUAACUCAUUGUGGUGGGAAGGCCCUGCAUGGCUUAAAAAUGACAUCGUGCCGGAGAUGAAAAUAUGUGACACUCCGAAAAUUGACAUGAAACGUAAACAAGCGCUGUCAGUUCAAUUAAUGACAUCGCCCACUGUGCUUGACAUCGUAAAUAAGCAUAGUUCAUUGACACACGCCGUCCGAGUCAUAUGUUGGGUGUCACGUUUCAUUGCGCGCACUCGACGCUCUGACGUAGUGAGAAGCGAACACCUUACCUCAGAUGAAAUGCGAGCGGCGCUUCAGCUGAUAGUGAAGGCCGUACAAGCGCAACAUUUCAGCGAGGACAUCUUACGACUCAAGGCCAAACAAAACCUUAAGCCAAAGAGUUCUAUAUUGACAUUAAACCCAUUUCUGGAUGACAAUGACAUUUUGAGAGUUGGGGGAAGACUACAACAGUCAAAGUUAUCAUAUGACAAUAAGCAUCCUAUGCUUAUGCCCCAUGACUCACACUUGACGCGUCUCAUCAUCAGCGAAGCCCACAAAGCCACGCUGCAUGGUGGUGCAUCGCUAACAUUAGCCCACUGUCGUAACAUGUACUGGAUCGUAAGUGGCACCAGAGCGGUAAAAAAGCAAAUAAGACAAUGCACGAAGUGUCAGCGGUUUAACACACAAGGGCAGCAUCAGCUGAUGGCCGAUCUACCCAAGCCGAGAGUGACACCGUCUAAGCCUUUUACCCACACAGGCGUCGAUUUUACAGGCUUUGUCGAUGUAAAAGCAAAUAAAGGGAGGGGUGUAAAAACACUCAAGGGCUACAUAGCCGUCUUUGUCUGCUUUUCCACGAAAGCUGUACAUUUAGAGCUCGUCGCUGACUUAAGUUCUGCAUCAUUCCUUGCAGCAUUCAAGCGAAUGUGUGCCCGUCGCGGAGUACCUAAACAUAUGUACUCUGACAACGGUACAAAUUUUGUCGGCGCAGCUAAAGUCCUGACAAACGAGUUUAAAGAAGCAUUGAAAGUAAUCAAUACUGAGUGCUUAAGUGACAUAAACGACAUGGGCGUGACAUGGCACUUCAAUGCCCCAGCCUGGCCCAGUGCUGGAGGUCUAUGGGAGGCUGCUGUAAAAAGCGUCAAAUUUCACCUCAAGCGGGUAAUAGGAGAACAAAAAUUGACAUUUGACGAAUUUUACACACUAUUGACACAGAUAGAGGCGUGCUUGAAUUCAAGGCCGUUGUUUGCUCUGUCUGAAAAUAUCGAAGAUGACAUUAUGACACCAGGUCACUUCUUGAUCGGUGGACCGUUGCUAGCAGCACCACUAUCUGAUCCAGAAGAGCCCAUGACUACGCAUACUCGUUGGCAGUUGAUCGAAAAAAUGCCUGGACUCGAGACUAAGUACCUACAAGGGAACGGGGUCAUUGAUAUCGGCCAAGGCUGCGUUCUAAAAGGUGACAUAUUUACAAUACAUGCUCAACAUGACUACUACAAUGAAAUGUACAUACAUAAGGACAUUGACAUACCGGUCCUGCCUAAAUAUACCUCAUCUCUUAACGAUAUGAUAAACACCUCCAUGAACGAAAAGGUGCUAGAUAACCUGGAGAAUGAUGAUUUGAUGAAAUAA